UCUUAGCAUUUGGCCAAAUGCUGAAGCUUCGGCGGAAGUGCGAAGCUCAGUCCCAUUUGCUGUUCCGGAAUCCGAUUCUCUUGCUUUUACUCUCGCCGAUGAUGUCUGACCAAAGCCCCAACGAACCGCUGCCGGAGCCCGCGACCCGGCCCGUGGGCGGCACCGAGUACAGCUGGUGCAGGGCCGUCCCCGGCGGCACCGGCAUCACCGUCCUCGCCCUCCUCCUCGCCAAGCCCCCGGACCUAUCCCUUCUCCGAAAUGCCCUCCACAACCUCCAAAAGAUCCACCCCAUCCUGCGCUCCAGGAUGCACUUCGACCCCGUCGCCAACACCUUCUCCUUCGUCAUCCCCUCGUCCCCACACCUCGAGAUCGCACCCUUCGAUCUCUCAGCCACGUCCCGCAUCUUGAACGAUGGCGAUGGCGACGGUGCGGACGCCGCUAGGACGACGCCGUUUCACCGCAUCCUCGAGCACGAGAUGAGCCGGAACGCAUGGCGCGACUCCGGCGCCGACGUGUUCCACGCGAGUCUGUACCACCUGAGCGAGGACCGGUGGGCUCUGGGCCUCCGGCUCCACACGGCCGCGUGCGACCGGGCGACGGCGGCGGCGCUGCUCCGAGAGCUGCUUCUGGCGACGGGGGGAGGGGCGGAGGGGCGAAAUGGGGAGGAGGAGGAGGAGGCUAAUCUGGGGAUGGAGGAGCUGAUUCCGAGCGGGAAGGCGAACAAGCCGUUCUGGGCGCGUGGGAUGGACAUGCUGGGGUACUCGCUGAACUCGUUCAGGCUCGCGAACUUGGAAUUCGUGGAGGCGGAGCCGCCGAGGUGUUCUCAGAUGGUGAGGUUGAAGAUGAACAGAGAGGACACUCAGAAGCUUGUCGCGGGAUGCAAGUCGAGAGAGAUCGAACUGUGUGGCGCUUUGGCGGCGGCCGCCCUGAUCGCGGCACAUGCCUCUAAGCAACCCGCCGAUAACAAAUGGGAGAAGUAUGCUGUCGUCACCCUUGUCAACUGCCGUCCGUAUCUCGACCCACCUCUUUCUGUUCAACAGCCUGGGUUCUAUCACUCGGCAAUCCUCAACACGCACGAUGUAUGCGGAAGCGAAAAGCUGUGGGACCUUGCAAAGAGAACCUACACGGCCUUCGCGAACGCCAAGAGCUGGAACAAGCAUUUCACCGAUAUGGCCGACCUCAACUUCCUCAUGUGCAAGGCCAUCGAUAACCCGGGCCUCACCGUGUCUUCGUCCCUCAGAACAGCCUUCGUUUCUGUGUUCGAGGACACCGUUGUCGACAAGUCGAGCACGCUGUACGAGGAGAUCGGAGUGGGAGACUACAUCGGGUGCGCCUCCGUCCACGGUGUCGGCCCGUCCAUCGCGAUCUUCGACACCAUACGUGACGGAGAGCUGGACUGCGCAUGCGUGUACCCUUCUCCCCUGCAUUCGAGGGAGCAGAUGCAGAAGCUGAUUGAUGAUAUGAAGAGAAUUCUUGCAGAAGCUGAUUGAUUGAAGAACAUGAACCGCACCAUCUCGCGCCCAGAGACGAUUAACAAUUGACUUCAUCAUAUUAAGACUCGGUCCGUUACCAAAAACCCGUCGAGCAAGACCGGUACUCCAUUUCGUGACACCCUCAUCCAUAAACUCUUCAGGGGGCUUCAUGACAUUCCUACCAUUGACUGUAUGAGGCGCAUAGAACAUUAGCUGCAAGGGCUGCCGAUUACCUCCCAUCAAAAUCCGCUUCCGCAAAAGCUUCGUUCCGAUUCAUCCAACACAAGCGGGACAAUUUGUUGUCAAUAAAUUCAUAAUCGAUCGUCUUUUUUCCUUUAAUGUCUUGCAGACGCUCUUCCGGGAGCUCUGUCAAUUUUACUGCAAAUCGAUGCGAAACUCUAUCUCCAAAAA